AAGCCGCAGCGCAAACCUUUUUUUUUUCCAUUUCCGGUUUUUGGUGCUAGCCGUUUAGCUCGAUAGCUGUAGCUUUGGAAAAUAUUUCUAGUUUAAGGAAAUUAUCCUUGGGUAAUUUGCAACCUUAUGGAAAUCACAAGAAAGAAACGACCAACCUUUCAAAGUAUCGAUGCUCAACAGAAGCACGUCCGUGAAGAGGAUGAGGAUGAAUGGCAGCUCUGUAAGCAGGAGAGGGCCUCCAGUCUGGACCAAGCAGAACCAGAACCUCCACAGAUCAAAGAGGAACCGCAGGAAGCGUGCAGUGAUCAGGAGGACGAGCAGCGGCUCCUGAAUCAGGAGGAUGUCGUGAAGGUGGAGUUCAAGACUGAAUGUGAAGAAACGUCUGAAGAUGAUGUUUCACAGCGGUAUUUAUGUGAGGAGCAGGAAGACGAGGAGGAGGAAGAGGAAGCUGAGGAGAAGAGCUUUAGUCUGGAUGAGGAGGAAGCAGAGUCUCUGCAGAUUAAAGAGGAGCAGGAAGAAUUCUCUAUCAGUGAGGAAGGGGAGGAGUUUGAAGUGAAGAAGGAGGCGGAGGCUUUUAUGACCCCUGAGGAUGAUCAGGAAAACAUGGACUCCAAACCAGAACCAAGUGAGAGCCCAGUCCUGGAAAACAAAACUCGGAUCAGAGACGGCGAUUCCGUGACCGUCACCCUGGACACUCCUUCACAUGAAAGCUCCCAUUCCUGUGACACAUGUGGAAAAGUUUUUACUCAACGUCGCAGUUUGACGACUCACAUGAGAAUCCACACAGGUGAGAAGCCCUACUCAUGUGACAAAUGUGGAAAAAGGUUCCUUGAAUCUUCAACGCUAACUGUCCACAUGAGAACGCACACGGGCGAAAGGCCCUAUGUUUGUGACACGUGUGGAAAACGCUUUAGUCAGAGUUGCUAUAUGGCUGUCCAUAAGAGAACCCACACAGGCGAGAGGCCAUAUUCCUGCAAAACAUGUGGAAAAUCCUUCUCUGCCUCCUACAAACUGACCGUCCAUAAUCGCUCUCACACAGGCGAGAGGCCGUAUGCCUGUGAAACGUGUGGUAAAGACUUCCGGGACAGUUACGGCAUGACCAAACACAUGAAGACUCACACAGUGGAGAGGCUGUUUUCCUGCAAAAUAUGUGGAAAGGGGUUUAAUCAAAGCAGAUACCUGGCUGUUCACAUGACCAUUCACACCACUGAGAAGCCCUUUUCCUGUGAAAUAUGCCAAAAAACAUACAGCUACGCUUACAUUCUGACCAAACACAUGAGGACUCACACCGGCGAGAGGCCCUUUUCAUGUGAAACCUGUGGAAAAAGCUUCUUUGAUUCUUCUUCAUUAACAGUCCACAUGAGGACGCACACGGGCGAAAAGCCUUUUUCCUGCGAGAUAUGCGGAAAGGGGUUCAGCGCAUCGUCCAGGUUAACCAUUCACAUGAGAACACACACAGGUGAGAAGCCUUUUUCCUGCGAGUUAUGUGGAAAAAGCUUCAGCCACGGUCAAAGUCUAACGGUGCACAUGAGGACGCACACGGGUGAGAGGCCCUUUUCCUGUGACGUUUGUGAAAAAUCCUUCAGCCUAAAGAGUUAUUUGAAAGUCCACAAGAGAACCCACACAGGGGAAAAGCCCUUCUCUUGUAAAAUAUGCAAAAAGGCUUUCAGCCACGCUUGCAGUUUAAACAUUCACAUGGAGUCUCACACAGUCGAGAGGCUGUUCUUUUGUAAAGUAUGUAGAAAAGGGUUCAAUCAAAAGACUGCUUUGACAGACCACAUGAAAACGCACAGGUAGGCAAUACCAUGUACAUUCUGUGGGGACGGUUUCAUCACAUUUCUUUUUAAAGUCAAAGACAGUUUUAAUGUGCAUGACAAUUACACUAAGCACACACAAUAAUGACCAUUGUUAUUGGAUUUAAGUUGUGAUUAUGUUGUAUUUUUAGUGAAAAAUUUUAGGAAUUAAAAAAUAUUUGCAGCUUUUGUGUGUUAACAUCUGCUCCUAAAGUCUUGAGGCAAACCAUGAUCAAGUUUGAGAUUCAUCAUGAAACAUUCAUCAUGGAGUCAGACAAGUUUUUACAAUAAAAGUUCAGCUAAACACGGCCUUAGGUCUUGGUUUUCCUCAAAGUGAAGAUUUCUUUUUUAUCUGCAGAUUAGAACAUAAGGUGCCUGAAUUCCCUGACGAUCCUUACAUUUCUUUGCUGUCUUUUAAAGUUUUUUAGGUGUACAUUUUUUAAGAAAUGCUGCAUGGUUUAAAAAAAAUAAUAUAAAUUUGAUCGGAAAAACUUCUAUCUGGAGGAAUGGCAUCUUGUUUUCCCCUGAAUGAAUAUUUGCUCUUUGUUGCCUGUUGUAAUUAGCAUAGCUCAUUUGUGAUGUUAAAAUGGUUUCUUUGUAAUCACAUUUUAAUAUGUAACUAAAAACUGUUAUCAGGUGGACGGCAAUCUUGAGAUAGUUUGUUUGAACCUUGAUUGACUGUAUGAACUGUUUCUGAUAAUAAAAAUCUUGCACAUUGACAUUUUGCUGUUUGGAAUGUUUUUGACGCACAAUAAACUUUUUAAAAUGAA